AUGGGUUGGAUUGGCCUGGCAGUGAUAAUUCUCGCAGUUGAUUGUUAUGCAGAGAAAUCUACCAAACUUCCUGAACCCAGCGAAGAACUCAAUGAUGCGAGCAUCAUUAACAUCACUGAGGAAAGUAAGGAGAAUGUGGCUAGCACUGCAAUCAGCACUUCACCAGAACACAAAGGUUAGCC